AAAAUGUAGGGUGUCAUUCUCAUACUUUGUAUAACCAGAUAGAUUGUAGUUUGGCACCAUCAUUUAUAUCAAAAUUGAAAGUAUAAAACACAAGAGUGGUAAGAUGUGGCCCCUGAAAGCAUCUCCUAACAAGCGCCCAGUGCCACUCUCAGUGGAGCUGAUGGAGGACAUAAUAACCCAUGGGAAUGAGUACCGAACUCCGCCGGGCAAUCGUCGAGAGGUGGAGUUUGUGGGCGACAGCAGGGAAGCCCAACGAGGAGCGGCCUCCACGUGCACACAACCCGUUCCUUUGGAGAUCAGGCGACGCACCGAAGGAUUAGCGGAGGGUCCUAUAGUAGAGCCCAAUUCAAUGACCAUUUCUCCCAAAGCCAAACCAAAGUCCCAGAAGAAAAUAGCACUGGUUAAGAGGGAGAAAAAGAAGGUCAAGGACUCGAUGGUAGAGCUUUGGGUCAGGGAUCCCACCGUGAAGAAACUAGCUGACAGGGUAAGGCUUUCCUUUGCCCCGAACUAUGGAAAGCCGGAGAAGCUGACGCCCAGCAUGGUUUUGACCAAGUUGGAGGCCCGUUUGGACACCCUAGCGAGUGGUAUGGUGGCACUGCAGAAGUGGGUGCCCAUCCUGAUCAAUCAGAAUAGAAAGCUCAUAAAGUGCAAGCCCUCUGUCUUGAAGGCUCCCACAUCCCCUGUAUCACUCCCCAUCAAGUCGAGCUCUGAUUUGGAUCCUCUUAACUUAACUUCCUCCGAAGAGUCUACCGCUUCAGGGCUGCAUCUGCGGAGGGAUCAGGUGCAGGCGGUACGGAAUACCACCAAGGAGCUCUACUACGACCUGCAGAUGCACCUGGUCAACAUGCUGGUGGUGCCCAAGUCGCACACCUCGCUGUUCCUCAACCAGCGAAAGGAUUUGGUGAGCCGCUUGGGCGGAGGACGUGGCCACUGGCGGCAUCAGUAUACGGAUGAGGACUGGAAGCGGGAUCGCGAGGCAGCCGCCUUCCUCAACGCAGAAACACCUGGAGACCCGGUCACUCCGCGCUCGAAGAAUGUGCGUCGUCAGUGAAAGUAAAAGAUUUCUUUAUUUGCCUCAAAACUA